AUGAUUGUACCACUGAGUAUAUUUAACUUUUUAACUUUCAAUGACACUACUUACUGUGCUUUUAAUGUUUUAAGAACUAAAGGUUUUAUUCAAGCAAAAUCAAAAACAUUAAGUGGAAGAUGUACGGAAAGUUUAAGUGGAAACCAAAAUAUUCGGAGGACAGCAUCGUUAGAUACUAUCUACUUGAAAGGACAAUGGCCCCGCGAUUCAUACUACAUUCAUUCCAGUUCUCUUUUGGUUGAUAAAUCUACUCAGACAGAGGAAUGGUCGAAUGAACCAAGGAAAUUACACACUCGUCAUCCUACAGAACAAUCUACUACAGAUGAGAAGUUGGAAAAGUACUUCAGGCAUCGGUUACAGCGUACAAAUAAGGAAGGCACUAGUAGUAGAGAACGGACAGCUGCAUUUGGACUCAUAAUGCCUGGUGGGCCACCACCAGCCUUCCCUGCAGACCACACAGUACUUCUACCCAGUAUUGCUUCACAAACACCAAUACACAAUCAAUUUAGCUUGAGUACAAAGGCAAGUCCUAUGAACAUCCCUAUGAAACCAAUGAGGCCGCCAAUGCGUUCUUCUAUCGAAGGAUUAAAUCAAGAAAUUGAAGGGCUCGUUCUUAAAUCUACAACUAAUCCUAGUGAUCCUGAUCAUCCAGUGGAAGACAAAUAUGCGCGAUAUCGUGAACAAAUUACGCCGGAAGGACAUCGUGCGCCGUUAGCAGACUUACUGAGGGCUACUCGCAGCGUUAAUACACAAACACCAGCUACAGACCUUCCCUCCAGUUCUUAUUCUUCAGGCCCUCCAUCUAGGAAUUCUGAGUCUCCGCUGAUUCCUGGUCUUAUGGAUGCCUCCCGUCCGCCUAGCGAUCUCUUACAAGGUGGAAGUCGUGGUUCAACCCCUGAACAAGACAGAGAAGGACGUCUUGGCACCUCUCCUCACAUUAACAGGUUCCUAGCAAGAGAACCACCUGAUGGCUGUGAGAAAGUCAAUCUUAAAUUUGUAGAGGAUGCCAGGCGACCCAUGAUAGACUUGAGCAAACUAGACUAUUGCCCAAAGCCGUGUGUAGCAUUCCAGUUAAAACCUAGCUUGGGAUCAGCGUUCCUGCCAUUACAACAGCCAGCCAGUCCAACGAUGGUUGCAAGUGCAUCACCCUCUUCGCAUACAACACCAACUACACCUCCUCCAAAUCCAUAGUCCUGCUCUUUACCUUAUGGAAUAAUGUUUAAAAACCCAAUUGGUAUAUAUAUAUUUUUCUUUACCGACCUCACGGGUAGAAAGUGGUUUACUUUGACACGAAAGCAUACACCGACAAAGAAAAAGUUACCGAAAAGCAGCCUGUUUUCAGUGCGACCCCAACUUUCGGGCAUCGUGAUUGUGUAAUUAAAAAGAAGUUCUAAUUACAUCGAUACGAAAUAUUGAAUGACAUCGGAGAGCUCCGUUAAAAUGUUUGAAACAAUAAUAAAAUACGAGGAACAAUAAUUUGUGAUAAACUAAAAGGGAAAAGGAAAACGACAUUUAGGAAUGAACAUUGUGUUCUACAGGGAAAAAGACUAAUAAAAAUUGUGUAUUCUAAAUUUAGUGCUAAAACGUGCUAAACGAGUUUAGUUUUGUAUACAGGGAUAAAUAUUCAAUAUGUCGAAAAGUAUUAAAUUUGAUUGUUGGGAAAGGCAAAAUUCUACUGAUACAAAAAUGGGUACAUGUGCCUGGAUUUAUGUACAUUGGUACCCCUCUAUAAUAUUCUCAUUAGAUCUUUAUCACUUUCGAAUGAUUCGAUUUGCAUAGUGAAACGAAAGAAAAAAAUAAAACAAAAACACCUGUUAGAAUUUUGUAUCGUUUUGUAUUAUUACUCGUACGCUGAGAAUAUUCAACUUAUUAUUAUAUGAGGAGCUCGAAAAUAGUGUAUCCCUAUGGUACAUUAUUUUUUUUUCUUUUAGACUUAUGUUCUUCUUAGAUUUAUAUACGUACACGCAUUCUUUACCCUUUCUCUUUUUUUUAACGUCGCAUAUGUAAGAUAAAGGCAUAUAAAUUAAUUGUCACGAUAGUUCUUAUUUUGUAUUACGUGUACAAAUGUGCACUUUUUGCAUAGCUUCUCUUUUUAUAGUGAUUUCUUAGACUGUAAGGUUUCUACUUUGAAAGGUAAAAACACUUUGUUCAACUAUAGUGUUCAGUGUCAUAAAGCAACUUAUGAAACUUAAGUUAAUCGCAAGAGUAUAUUUUAUUAAUUGAUAACUUUGUAGAUUACCAUAGGGUUACAAAAUUUUUGGUUUAACUUCUAUUAUGUUAGUUUACUAUCUGAAUAUGUACAACCAAUACAGCAUGUAAUGACAGGUUGACGGAUGUAUGAUAGUGUGAACCUAACGAUACAAGGUGGAAAUGUAAUGAGUAAUAAUAUGGAGAGUGGUAAGAUUUAAACAUUGAUUGAGACAACAAGUAACGAUAUGUGCUUUAAGCCAGUGCGGUAUCAGAUGUGCAUAUAAAUGGCUCCCUAACUUGGCACAGUAUUGGUGUGACUGUAGGUUUUUGUAUAAACGCGGAUCGUAGUGGAAAAAAAAGUUUUAUAAUCUGCGUUCUAUACAAAUGACAGUAUGCAUGUGUUGUAAUAUCAGAAUCCUGUUUAAACCAUCCACGAAUAACGUUGAAGCUCGUCGUACUACUGAAAUAACAAAGAUUUUGUACGAAUGUAAUGGACAGGACGAAACUUAGGAACUAAUUUAAUCACUCAAACUAACGCUAUAGCAUUUUAAAAUAUUUUUAACGCGCGGCCUGUAGAACGAUUUUACUCCAAUAAAUUUCACGAUUAGCAGCGACUUUUUAAAUUUCUUUCGUACGAUAAGAAUAAUCAAAGAAAUAUCAAAUAUUGUAGGAAAUAUUUUGAUAUGAACUACUCUACUCUGUACUAAAAGUAAAUGAAAAAAAGGAAGACGAAGAAAAUGAAGAAAAAACAUGAAGAGUUAUUCGUGCGAUGGGUUAACUUAUUAUUUUAGUGUAUGCAGACAUAGCCACUCAAGAAGUUCAAUUUAUUUUUUGCUUUUUAAUACAGAACGUUUUUGCAAACGAUUUUAUAGUUACGGUCUGAGGAAUAAGGAUCUUAAAUAAAAUAUAAGAUCGAGAGCAGGGAAGAACAGUUUUUUAAAUACAAUAGUAAUAUACUUUCUAAUAUUAUAAUGUAUCUAGCUACAACAGUGAAGACGAAGAAGGAAAAAAAGAAAUGUUAACACAUAAAGUACCUGGCACACUGGUCUAUGCUCUCUUUUAUCCAGCUCACUAGGAAGUUCAUGCCUUAGAAUGCGUGGCAAAGUGUGCUAAAUAGACAAGAAGGUUAAUCAGAGAGUCAGGAUAUAUACAAAAAUGCACUGGCUAGUUAACAAGUAUACAAUACAAAACUAAUCUGCUAUCUACUAGCUUAAGAAGAUUUUCUUUUAUUUAUUUUCGCUAUGGACCUAAAUGACAUUAUCCCAUCGCUGUAAGAAUACGUGAGUUGUAAACUGUCGAGUUUACUAGUGCUCCAAAACACAGAAAAAAAGAAGAAAUAAGAAAAGGAAACGAGAGAUAAAAAAAGAAACUUAUCGAUCGCGUAUUUCAUCUGUUGGCAUAUUUUCACUUCAACGGAGGAAAAUAAUGGAAGAAAAAGAAUGUUUUAACGUAAACACAUUGUAUUAAUCAUAGUGACUAAAAGAAAAAAAGAACGUUUCAUACUUUUACUAAUAAACAGAGGAGGAAAAAUUACUUUAGAGAAAAAAAGGCUAGCCUUAUUAUUUUUUACUACACUUAGAAGGCUCCACUUUUUAACCUUCAUGUACUUGCAUAAUGUGUUAUCAUUGUUAAGCUUUUGUUGUCAAUUCUCAUGAACAGAGGAAUGUGUGUAAAGACUGCUAACACUAAAGAUUACCUGUUGUUUGGAUAUACCUAAAUUUAAAACGAAAGAGAAAAAAAAUUAGGCUCAAAUUCGUCUCUCCGGUUACCUAUGAAACGAUAUAGGGAUAUAUACUCUUUUAAUGAUUCGUUAAGUAAAUGAUCCUUACGUGACUACUGUUCGGUACAUUCUUUCUACAUAUCUAAAAUCUGAGCAGGCUUCAGAAUGGCAAAAUAAUUAUGUCAAUUACGAGUUCAUUUAUCCCUAGGACUGUCCAAACGUAUCGUUGUAGUGUCUCGCCUAACAAUAAAAAGAACAAAGAACGCAAACAAGCAACAAAAGGAUUGUUGAGUGUACAUUGUAAUUUGUAAGAUGCUCAUGAUACUUUAUGCAAACGUUUUUUAGUGCAUAAAACUCGUACGUUGUAUAGUAAAAAAAUUACUUAAAGAAAGACGGAAAAAGGAAAAAAAAGAAUAAAUUUUUAUAUAUUUGGUGAAGUUAAACGCAGCUUUUAUCCAAUUGUUUUUAUAAUAAGUAUAUGAAAUAUUAUUUAUUACUUUUUUUUUUAUUCCAAGCGUUGGGAUAAAAAACCUUUUCGAUGGAGUGUAAUAAUUCCAUGUAAAUUGUAUGUAAAUAUCUAUAUAAAUUUACAAGUGUCGAUGGGAUUCGAUUCGACUGUUAUUAAGGAUUUUUAUAUUUUUAAGCAUCCAAUUGUUUUACAUCUUCUAAUGUAUUACACUUUCGCAUAUAAUAUUAUAAGCGGGGAAAAAAAUCCUUUCUUAUAAUUGAUUGUUCUGUGUGUUUAUAGUACAGAUUUAUUUCUUAGUUUUGGCGAAUUGUUCUAUUUGUUAAUGGACGCGGGAGUAUCUUACAAUGUAUAGUCACAGAGGCAGUGCUAGCAAAUUCGCAACGGUACAUCGAAAAUCAAUAAACUUAAAUAAUACAUUAAGGAUCUAUCAACUCUUGAAUCUGUCCUAGGGCUAAAUCAAAAUUAGUCAGCGAAGUGAGCUAGUGGAUGUAAAUAAUAAUUUAAAGCCGUUUGACGAUGAAACCUUUGUACGGAACGUAGUGACUAAGGCCAACGAAUUCUGUACUUUUCGUGUGUCUCUCGCGAAAGUUCGUCGAACGAAAGGAAAGGAAAACUAGUGGAUCAAUGCGAACUUUUAAGAAUGUGUAUAAAAAAAAAGAUAUUACCACGAAACACUGGCCUGUCCAUAGUCAACUGAGAUUAGACUCCUUUUUCCGAACGGCACAAUGCAAUUAUCAAAAUCAUAGUAAAACGUUAGCUUCUCUUCUUUUUUUUUAUACAUACACACACAUACAACCACACAUAAACAUAUACAUAUUGUACAUAUUAGUUUAAAAUUUUAUAUAACA